UUACAUAGCUGAGAGCUGCAGAAUAAAUGAAAAGUCUUCAUAAAGUCUGUCUUUCGGUGUGAAUAACUUGUGGUAAGUAUGAUUAUAGCCAUUCCAUGUGUAUAUAAUUUAAUGUAGGAUUAGUGGAGAAAUGAGUGAUUUCCAAGUAUUUAUUGCAUACUUACAUGCUGAGCACUCUCCUAGAGGUUUUGAAGAAUGUUAAAUAAAGAAUAUGAUAAGUUCUCCUGUCAUGUAGGUUACAUUUGGUCAGGGCACGUAUCAGAUUCAUUAUCAUAAAGUUAAAUGCUAAGUGGUAGAUUACUAGGCAUAAGUGCAAUUUAGAGAAAGAAGAAAUCACUAUGGACUCGAGUAAUUAGAGGGAAGUCUCAAGGAAGAGCUGGGACUUAACCGGACAAGAGGAUUUGCAAAAGCAAAGAAGGCGCCUAAAGACCUUCCAAAUAAGAGCAAGCAUAAGGGGCACAGAACACACAUGUGAAUUAAGAAAAAUUGCAUUUCCUAUUUACCUGAAUUUUUAGCUGGAGAAAAAAAGACCGUAACAGAAUUGGUCUUAAAGAAAUUCAAUUUCUGCUGCUGAAUUUUCUUAUUUUAGGAAUAUUUCUAAACAGUAAGCUUGAAAUUAUUCAUAAUUAUGCAUAAAAGUAUCCAAGCCGAACCUUUAUAAACUUCAGGAGGUUAAGUUAGGAUUUAAUUGCUUGAAAUAAUCUACUUAAAACAUGUUUUUCAGCCGCCUGUCUUGGUUAGAUGGCUCUGGAUUGGGAUUCUCUCUGGAAUACCCUACCAUUAGUUUGCAUGCAGUGUCCAGAGAUCUAAAUGCCUAUCCACGAGAGCAUUUAUAUGUUAUGGUGAAUGCCAAAUUUGAAGAAGAAUCAAAAGAAUCUGUUGCUGAUGAAGAAGAGGAAGACAGUGAUGAUGAUGUUGAACCUAUCGCUGAAUUUAGAUUUGUGCCUAGUGAUAAGUCAGCAUUGGAGGCAAUGUUCACUGCAAUGUGUGAAUGCCAAGCUUUGCAUCCAGAUCCUGAGGAUGAAGAUUCAGAUGAUUAUGAUGGAGAAGAAUAUGAUGUGGAAGCACAUGAACAAGGGCAGGGAGACAUCCCUACAUUUUACACCUAUGAAGAAGGAUUAUCCCAUUUAACAGCUGAAGGCCAGGCCACACUGGAGAGAUUAGAAGGAAUGCUUUCUCAGUCUGUGAGCAGCCAGUAUAACAUGGCUGGAGUCCGGACAGAAGAUUCAAUAAGAGACUAUGAAGAUGGGAUGGAGGUAGAUACUACACCCACAGUUGCUGGACAAUUUGAAGAUGCAGAUGUUGAUCACUGAAUAUGAUUUUAUGCUGCUUUGGGAUUCUGCGCAUAACUGUAGGAGAGAACUUGGUGCCUUUUCCACUGUGCAGUGGGUGUUGAUGAAAGUAUUUUUCCUUCUCCAAAACUUACCUGAACCAGUUCUUUCCUGAGACAGACUGUACUGAGACAACAAGUUCUCACCAGCAGAAGAAACUAUGAACUUGAUUAACAAAGGUGAAUUAACUUAACCAAGAGGGUGUUUGUAGUUUAUCAUUUAUCCCCGAACUUUCUGUGUCUAGGAACCCUCUGAGUAGGCCUAUAAUUCCUGCCUUCAGUGUAUGCAUCUUCUAUAAGCUAGCAGGGCUAUGUGGUGAAAAUGCACAGGCACUUAGGUGUUGGUAGACUGGAUGGGGGAGAGGCUGAAUCUAAGAUAUACCCCUUUAGAGCCUAAGGAUACCCUUACCCGGGAAAGACAAAGAUCUCAGAUGAAUCCUGGCCUCUGCUCAUUCUCCACAGGGGUAAAGAUCUUUUUACUAAUUGGUACCCGAAUUAAUUCAUUCAGGCAUCUCUAGGGAACCUCUUUGGAAACAUCCCAGCCACAUAUACUAACACAAGUGCUUCAUCUGACUAGCUUUUGCUCCUUUCACCAUGUUUCACCAGUCUGCUCUGUUAUAGCCUUUUAGGUUAUGUUAUAGCUUUUAAUUUCUAGCCUUAGUUCAGUUUCUGUAACAGAACACAUGAAAUUGGGAUGAAGCCCUCAAAGUACUUCACAUGAUACUGUUUUGUCUUUGUAAUAGCUUAACAAAUAAAUCUAGGUUUUCUAUGUUAUUGUAUUCUCA